AUCAUAUCAUCAGUGUACAUUUAAACAUGGCGGACAAAAACAUUGUCGAAACAUUAAAGGAUGAUUCUCCAGCAAAAAAAAGGCAAAAAGUGGAUCCUGAUAAUCCUGAAAAUGACACAAGUAUACAUAAGGGUGUUAUUAAAUUAUCAAAUUUUCAAAUGAAACGCAUCCUCAAUGUAAAUAGUACAAGAAAGCAAGUUAUUAUUGAAGGCAAUUUUGCCGGCCACGAUAGUUCGGCAAUUGUUAUUUUUGAAAAAAAAUGCUUUCCCACUGAGGAAAUAUUUCUAAAUCGUGGAUUUCUCAAUGAGGGUACAAUUGUUCGGCAAAAUUUCCGAAAUGGAAUUUAUGGGAAUUAUGAGUGUUUUCCGACAAGGGAGCAUAAUGGUGUCAAUGCAAUUGUUAUUCAUCCCGCUACCCAAUCACACGUAGACAAAUAUUCCAUAAAAGAACUUCAUUUCGUAGAAGAGACUUACGAGAUCUAUAAAAAUAUAACACUUCCUUUUAUAGAAUCACAACAAUUCUCCUUAACAUGGGUGGACAAUAUUUUGGAGCACAAAGCUGAACAGGGCAGAAUAAUUUAUGAGGAUAAAGAUAAAGAAAAUGGUUUUAUCAUGUUACCUGAUCUCAAAUGGGACGGUAGUCCAGAGUCCUUGAAUAUUUUGGUACUCUCAUUGAAGAGAAUUAAAUCAAUUAGAGAGCUUAAUGCUUCACAUUUGCCAUUGCUUAAGAACAUUCGAGACGUGGGAAUUGAGACAAUUCGUAAAAAGUACAAUAUCAGUGCAGAUCGUCUCCGACUUUAUUUACAUUAUCGUCCGUCUUAUUAUCACCUUCACGUUCAUAUCACGUACAUUAUGUUCGACAGUCCAGGAAUAUUUGUCGAGAAGGCACAUUUACUUUCCACGGUAAUUGGAAAUAUCGAAAUGAUGCCCGAUUACUAUCAAAAAGUAACUCUAACAUUUACCGUAGCGGAAAAUGAUCCUCUGUACAAAAAAUAUCAGGAACAUGGAGUUCUACCCAAGGAUGAAACUUCUAAUAAUAGUUAGAUAUUGGAAGUAAGUGACGUACAAUCAUUUUUUUUUUCUAUAAAUUUACAUUAAUUCAACAAAAAUCAGUCUUUUUUGGACUCUGAUAUUUUUUAUUUUCUUUUCUCCGACUGACAAAAAAAAAUUGUCGAAAAAAAUUUGUUGACUACGAAUAAUAAAAGAAAACAAAACACAGAUAGUUUUGUUAAAGUAUAUUUAUUAACAAAAGUAAAGAUUCUACAAGUUUGCAUUAAUACUUUCUUCUCUUAAAUUUGCGUAUAUUUUUCACUUUUACACACGACGUUGAAUAUUAAAACAUUGUCUUUUUAUUAAAAAGAAUGUUAUCACACGAGAAGCUUCCAGAAAGCUUUUCACUUUUCUUUUUGUGCUUCAAUAAACUGUGUACCGGGCAUUUCCACGAAAAAAUUGUCCGUGCAUCUCUUCUAAUUAAUAUAGAAGCAAAAAAUUGACUUGAAAAUUUCAAAUUAGUUUUUAAUUUUCAGCAUAAUAUUAAAUUCUUUUAUCAUCCAGCGGAUAGAAUUUCUUUUCGUGGAAAUGCCCUACUAGUCAAUUACAUCGAAAUUAUAGAUUAUUUUUUUUCAACUAACGAAACUUAUCAAUAAAUAAUGCAGACUCUUCAUUUAUAA